GUUCAACAGAAACACACAGCCUGGGGGGUGGCUGGUGGGGGGCUAGGUUAGGAGAGACAGAAGGAGAGAGAGAGAAAAAAAAGUUUUCUCGAUGAACAAAGAGAAAUCGAGAAACUAAGAAAUAAAUAAAAAAAAAGCCAGUAAUUGAACAGUUGGAGGAACGAGGAAGAAGAACAAACAAGGGGAACAAUUUUGUAAGGGGAGAAGAGGGGAUCAUUUCGUUAUUAUCAAGCGAGAUGAUUAAAAUGUCAGAUUUCUAAAUUUUCAUAGGGACAUCCCUAAAUUCUAUCCAUCUCCUCUAGCCCCCGACAAGCCUCACCUCCCGUAUCAAAUUUUUUCUCUUCUAAGGAAACAUUUUAAUUUAUUUUCUCAGCUGGAGAAUAUCAAACAAAAACACCCAUUUUCACACAUUCUUCUAUCACGGUAAAAUGAUCAUCCUUGUACCUCAUUUUAUGUUUUCUUGUGGGUUUUAGAGGAAAGGUUGUCUAAGAUGAUUUAAUCUAAGUGAUGGUGAUGAUGAUGACUAUAUUUCAAAAACCCAGGCUUGGAAUUUGCUUCUGAAAUAUAGGUUUUUGUCGAUUCAUGUUCUUCUUUCCUUGAGAACUCUUCUUCAGUUCCUCCUGGGUUUUGGCAUUGUGUGUUGGAAGAUUCUGGUGGGCAAAAGAAAAUCGUGAUAAAAUAAUAAUAAACCCUGGCGAUUUGCUGGUGAAAAACCGUUGCUUACCUCCACUGCUAGCACCAAUGGAGGGGCGGUGGAACCCAAUUGGAACCCAAUUUUGGUGCUUUUUGGUGUUCAUUGUUGGGGUCAAAAUUCAUGGGUCUUGGUCACUUAACGAUGAAGGAUUAGUUUUGUUCAAAUUUCGAGCAAGGGUGAGGUCUGAUCCUUAUGGUGCUUUGGCUAAUUGGAAUCUCAAAGAUGGUGAUCCUUGCAUGUGGUCUGGAGUUCAUUGUGUUGCUGGUAAAGUUCAUAUAUUGAAUUUGAGUGGAUGCUCUUUGAAAGGGACAUUGGCUCCCGAACUUGGAAAACUUGUCCACUUGAGAUCAUUAGUGUUGCGAAACAAUUGCUUUUUUGGUAUCCUGCCGAGAGAGAUAGGAAAUCUUAAGAAGCUUGAGAUACUCGAUUUGAGAGAUAAUUACUUUAGCGGGGCAGUUCCAGCUGAAAUUGGGAGAUCACAAACCCUAAAGUGCUUGUCAGUGAGCGGUAAUAAGUUUCGAGGUACUAUUCCAGGGGAAAUGCGGAGAUUGAAACUAUUGUCACAUUUGGAAUUGGACGAGAGCCUUACAUCUACUUCAGCCGCUGGAUUCAAAUACGUAGAUUGCAAGUUUGAAGAUGAUUUUGAUGUUAGGGUUCAUUAUGUUCAACCUGUAAAAGGAGGUUGUUGUUGUUGUAGUAAUACCCCCGAAAGUGCAAUGUCUGACGUCCCUCACUUGAUCCAAAAUGUAGAGAUUCUCUUCAACUUUGCGCGACGACGUAGACUCCAAGAACAACAACCUAGCAACCUGGUCGCUGCCGAACCGACCAGCAAUAAUGGACCAAACUUUAACGACAUGAUCAUCGUUCCAAUCACAAGAGGUAGCGGAAGUUUCCCUGCUGUACCAAACUCGAAGUCGCCGCCGUCACCUACUGCAUCAUCGGACCACGAUGGAAAUGCACCGAGUGAUUCUCCAAAGGGACCAAUCAUCCAAGACCAUGUACCGCCGUCGUUUUGGGACACUUGGAUUUAUUUCCUCUUCGCUCUAAUGGCGGCCAUCUUGUUGGCUUCAAUCUUUGUCAUGAUAUUCUUGUGUCGUCGACGAGGAGUGAGACCCAUUGGUCCUUGGACUUCUGGAAUCAGUGGCCAGCUUCAGAAAGCAUUGAUUGACACACUAUCGAAAGUGAACCACAAGAACUUUACAAAUCUCAUUGGCUUCUGCGAGGAGGAUGAACCUUUCAAUCGGAUGAUGGUGUUUGAAUAUGCCCCAAAUGGAACACUAUUUGAACAUAUACAUAUUAAAGAAAUGGAGCAUCUUGAUUGGACGUCAAGGAUGAGAAUUAUCAUGGGAGUGGCUUAUUGCCUAAAACAUAUGCAUGAUUUGAAGCCACCUGUGUCUCAUACCAACUUGACUUCCAAUUCAAUCUUUUUAACUGAUGAUUAUGCAGCUAAGAUUACAGAAAUUCCUUUCUUGUCACAAGCUGCAUCAAAACCCAAACCCUCAAGUGAAGACGAAGGGGAAAAUUCAGAAUUACCACCGACUGUUGAUCCAGAAACAAAUGUGUACAGUUUUGGCAUUAUAUUGCUGGAAGUAAUAUCAGGAAAGCUUCCUUACUCGGAGAAAGAAGGCCCUAUAGAGAAAUGGGUACACAAGCUUUAGCUCACAUGACAACCCUCUACCAAUUUUAAGACAUUAAUUAGCAUGUAUGUUUCUCUUAAGUUACAUAUUCCCUUUUUUCCCGUUUCUAACAUUAUACAGGCCAAGCAAUAUUUAAGUGACAAGAGUAGAAUCACUCAUAUGGUGGAUCCAUCCCUCAAGGCCUUCAAAACUAAGCAAUUAGAAGUAAUAUGUGAAGUUGUUCAAGAGUGCAUAGUUACAGAUCCACGACAGAGACCGAGCAUGAGCGAUAUCGUUCCUCGUUUGAGAGAAGGCAUUACUAUAUCACAAGAUCAGGCUGCACCAAGGUUGUCCCCUCUAUGGUGGGCUGAACUGGAGAUUCUAUCGCAGGAAGCAAAUUGAAGCUCUGGAGAAUUGGUGUCCUCUUGAUCAGUAAUGUGACUUCAUCAUCAAUGUGUUCUUGUGAUUCCCCAAUGAAAAGUACAGUCUCUUGUAGGAAAUUUCUAAAGGUUCAGCGGAUAGAAAUUCAAACAUCAUGGUAAUUCUCCUUAACUUCCCAGCUGACAGCUCUAUUAGGCGGCCAUUGACAUAUUGAAAUCACCACUUGCACAUUUAGACGAUUGGUUCAUUAAUCACUUGUUAAGGAUGAAGCAAGCAUGGAGUCGAGCAAAAUUAAGAUAUCAAACUUUGUAUAGAAUAUUCCUCCUCUGUGUCCAUAAGAGCACGUGAUAUAUGAAGAGAAAAAGAAUGUUCGGAAGAAAAAAAAAACAAUGAUUAUAUGUAACAAGGUGAUUGUACAUUCCAUGGUGUAAAAUUGAGUGAUUAAUUAAUUCGAUCAGAUUAUUGUUUGUUUUUCUGUGAUAAUGAACAUAUUUGCUUAGUUUGUAUAACAAUCACA